GCAGCCAGUGUGUUGAGCAGCAAAGAGCAAAGCAAAGCAACAGCAGACCAUGUCGACGACAGCAGGUGCUGCGGGCCGCCGCUUCCUUGUGGGCGGCAAUUGGAAAAUGAACGGCAGCAAGGCGUCCAUCGCCGAGCUGGCCAAGGCCUGGGGCGCAGCCAAGGUGGACGACAACGUGGAGGUCGUCAUUGGUGCCCCCGCCCUCUACCUGGACUACGUUCGCCAGCAGCUCCCGGCCUCCUUUGCCACCGCCGCCCAGAACUCCUACAAGGUCGCCAGCGGCGCUUUCACCGGCGAGAUCAGCCCUGCCAUGAUCAAGGACGUGGGUGCAGACUGGGUGAUCCUAGGCCAUUCUGAGCGCCGUCACAUCUUCAAGGAGGCUGAUGAGCUGAUUGGGGAGAAGGUGCAGCAUGCACUCGAGUCUGGCCUGAAAGUGAUCGCGUGUGUCGGUGAGCUGCUUGAGGAGCGGGAGGCCGGCGACACCCAGAAGGUGGUCGACCGCCAGAUGCACGCCAUCGCAGGGCACGUGUCGGAUUGGAGCCGGGUUGUGAUUGCAUAUGAGCCCGUGUGGGCGAUUGGCACGGGCAAGACAGCGUCCCCUGAGCAGGCGCAGGAGGUGCAUGCCAACAUCCGCGCGUGGCUCAAGACCAACGUCAGCGAGGACGUCGCUGCUGCCACCCGCAUCAUCUACGGCGGGUCUGUCAAGCCGGCCAACUGCGUGGAGCUCUCGAAGAAGGAGGACGUGGACGGGUUUCUCGUCGGCGGCGCCUCCCUCAAGCCAGACUUUGUCGACAUCAUCAACUGCACCAGGGCUUGAUGUCACGGCAACUCUCACCGCCCUCUCCCUCUCAACUGCCUGGGGAUGUGCGCACACGCUGGCCCAAAUUGGUGCCUCCCUGCGUUGGCUCUGUUCGUUUGCACACGUCACAGCUGCGUACUGCUUGCUGCCGAUCUUUGUUCAAGAACAUAUAAAGUUUCAACACUGCACGAGCGUGUCGGUGUCGCGUCACACCAUGCCAUGUCACGAGUUCACUUUGACUUCUUAUGUCAAGGAAAUACACAACACGGACCA